CGUGCAAGACCUGGAACCCCUGCAGUGGCAGUGCUUCCAGUGAAACAGCAGCAAGCGAUGCCUUCUCGUUGCGACCUUUUAGGCAACAACCACGCUCCAGUAAGAACCAACAAAAGCGGCACGCUACGUCAAACGCGCCUGAUAAUCAUUGAAACCCCUUCCCUCCAUACCAUGUUGCCAGAAGAGCGAUUCAAUCUCGUAGCUGGUCUCGAGUCGCGCCACAAAUUCAUCCGCAACGCAGUGGCAAUCCAUCUUGGGGAGGACAUUGAUGAUGAUUCAGAAAAUGACGGCAGUCCUUUGAACUGGAAAAUCCACCUAUCACCAGAGGGCGCAGAACGUACACUGUUCAAUCAGCAUCUACACUUUACCGAUGCACGCAGCUUUUCGAUAGCUCCAAGCUCGAAGAUAACACUCGGUGACCUGCACGAUGAGCUUCGACUUCCACCCGAGCUUCAACUACGCGUCAUAGACUUUUGUUCCGACGAUCGGAUGACCCUGCUACAACUAAUGCAAACGUCGUCUUUCCUACGAGCUGAGGCAUCGAAGAUUUUCUUCUCUGAUCCACACACGUACUAUUCAGUCGACGCGUCCUGGCUUUUGACAGGUGGACAACCUGGUCAUAUAGACUACAGUAUGUCCUUUCUACGUCUGGUACAAAACAUUGAAAUCGAUUACGGAGUAGACGCCGACAGUAUCAUCUCACCUAGAGCAGGCGAUUGGUGGUUUCCGCAAGUUAGAGAUGCCGCGGCAGAGAGACUCUGGAAAGUGAUGAAAGAGAAGUUCCCAAAUGUGAAGCGCGUGGUACUGUACCAAACCUCCGCUCGUCAUUCCAUGUAUCACAGGCCCGCUCAGCAUUCCAGGCAUCAGGAGAACAUAUCACCAUGGCUCCGGCGCCUUUUGGAAAGUUGUCCACCUGGCAUCGAUGCAGCUGUUUUUAUCGCUGUGGCCCACGGCAGUCCUGUGUUUAGACGCGGUCGGAUUCGAGCGAACAAUUCUCCUAUGCACAUUGAGAGGGCAUUGUAUCGAAUAUCAAACAAAGGGGAAAUGAAAAAGGUCGCACCGCGGCGACCCUACCGAACAGUUCUGAUCCCCAUGCGAGUUUUCAGCGGACCGGUUGGGCAUUUUGAGAAGGUCAAAUAUCUAGACGGACGCAUUGAAUGUCAACGCCGCGGUCUGGGCUUAACGAUGAUCGAAGCCAUCGACCAAUACGACUUUGCUCACAACGAUUUUUUUGGACCAUCUUCCUGCCCAAUGCGAUAUUGCAACGAGCGAUUCACGCAGUCUGGGCAGUGGGCGCUGCAUGCGGCUCUGGAACACGUCAACGACCUCAUUCCCGGACGCCAAUUUGAAGGCUGGCCGCCAGAACUAAGGCAGAAGCUUGCAAGCCGCAACGUCGAAUUGUUGCAAAUGAAACAGAGGAACGAUUUCAGCUUGAAGCGGAUACAGCAAGAGUGGGACGAAGCUACAGAAGACGAGAGGAUGAAGAUUAAGAAAGCGUGGAUGGAGCAAUUGGGGACCGAUCCUAACUGGGACACGGGCGUCCCAGCGGCAGAAAGUCCGCUUUGGAGGCGCUUUGAGAGCUGGAUGCGGGAAAGAAUGAGGGCCAGGGAAGCGUCGGAGGUUCUUAGAAGGGAUACGGGCGAGUGCGCGCCGACCUGCCCAUGCCGGCGCGAGACAGCUUGGAAACGAUUCAAGGGCUGGAUGCAGAGCUGGUGGACCAGAAAUUAGACACUACAC